GAUUCUUCUCAAUGCGGAAGAGCAAGAUCCCGGUUGGAAAACAAUGCUUUUGCGGAAUUAUGACUGAGUCAGAAGAAGUGCACAGUACAGACAGCGCUGUGUUGUAAUUAUCAGAAGUGUGUGGGGAGUGGCUCACGUAUGAGAGAAAAGAUCCUGCGGUGAGGAUCAGGAGAGAGUGGCAGUACAGGGCUGGGCAUUUUAUUUCUGAUCAGUGUUGUAGCCUUCUGUUCCGUCAUGGCGUAUGCAGCUUUCUGGGACAGUACUCACGGAGGAGCGUCUCCUUCCCCACCUGAAGUCCAUCAUGGUGGCAAGUUUUUAUGCUACUAUCCCACUCCAUCGUCCUGCUAUGGCAAGUCGCAGCCGGGCCAGGCCACACCCAAACCGGCAGCUCAGGUCUCCACUGUGAAGCCUGCACAGUUUGAGAAGGCAUCAUCAGGAUCUGCCAUGGCUACAAAGCCUGGGGUGGUUUCCACAGCAACAGGACCCACAGGAAGUCGUGUCACAGCAGGAGGAAGUGCUUCAGUUGGGACAGCAGGAAAAACCAAAGCAGAGACUGCUCCUGUCUCCCAAGUCAAAGCCACUGCUACAGUUCCUUCUCCUGCUGCUGGAACGACUGCAGCAGCAGGCGUCAAAACCACUGGCGUCACAGCUGCUGGCAUCACGGCCACUGGCUACAAAGCUGCUGGCACCGCUGCUGCUGGUGUCACAGCCGCUGGUGUCAAAGUUGCUGGCGUCACAGCCGCUGGCGUCACAGCAACCACUGCUGUGACCAGACCUAAAGAGUCCCCCCAAGGCACAGCCAAGAGCGCCAUCGCCGUCGAAACAGUCAAAGCUGAUGUGCUUAAAGUUGAUCCUGUUAAAACAUCAAAGCCAACUGCAGCAGUAACGGCACCGACCCAAACGAAGGUGCAGGUGGAGGUUCCUCCGGCAGCAGCUAAAGGAGCCAAAGAGGUGGAUCCGCUCGAUGCCCUUGCCAGCAUACUGCCAUCGGUUGAUCCUGUCACACCCCCACAGCCUGAGUACACCGGGCCAGAGGUCCAAGAGCAUGACAUCAUCGUCGAGGUGGGUCAGAAGUGUGGAGAAAGAGAUAGCACGCUGCCUCCAGGAUACAGAUUUGAAGAUAUGCCUCCAGCUCCUGCAGAUGUUAAACCCAAGGAUGUUCCUAAACCACUGAGCACAGACGAGGCCCUGGACUCUCUUUUAUCUGGAUUCACUUCUCCCAGUGUUCCAGCUGCUCCAGAGAAAAAGGACUAUGUUGACAGUGUCAGUGCCUCAUCUGCUGGCCCUGCUAACUUUGCACCUCCUUCUGUAAAGACACCUCAAACCCCUGCAGCAGUUCCCCCCAUGGCUGCUCCUCCAGCAGAUAAAAAAGCCAGGACGGAGAAAGUCUCCGAUGACUUUUCCCUGGAGGAUUUACUGCCCUCUGCUACUGCGGCUACCACGAAAGCAGCUCCUCCUGUGGCUGUGUGUCCUGCUCCUCCCACUGAUAAAAAAGCCACCAAACCCACGACUGAUGUGGGAGGCGCUCUUAUGUCUCAGGAUGUUCUGAGUGACCUCAAUGACUUGUUGCCAAAAGACCAACCAAAACCUGAACUCCCCAAACCCAGACCUGAGGACAUCGUCUCGGAGCCCAAACACACGACGGAGGAGGGUGUGCUUGUAGGAGAAAGAGAAGACUCAAUUCCUCCAGAGUACAGACCUAAUAAGGCAGAACUCGAAAAGCAGCCUGCUCCUAAACCUGAGCCCACCAUAGGUACUGGUGAGGCUCUGGACUUUUUGUCUGAAGGCUUCAUGACCUCUUCAUCAGCUCCUGCUGUCAAGGCUCCUCCUGCACAGAAAGUUCCUCCGGCUGACAAAAAAUCCAAGACCGAGAAAGUCCCUGAUGAUUUCUCUCUGGAGGCUGGACUUACUUCAUCUACUGCCAAGAAAGUUGAGUCUGCAGUUCCCCCUGUGGCUGUGUGUACCUUUCCCCCUGCUGAUAAGAAGGUAGAGAAAACUGCAGCUGCAAAGGACGCCACUGACGGCAAGCUUAAGGCUGGUCAGGUUGACCCUAUGUCUCUGGAUGCUCUCAGUGAUCUGAGUGACUUGUUGCCAAAAGAUGAACCAAAACCUGAACUCCCUGAACUCAGACCUGAGGACAUCGUCUCGGAGGACAAACACGAUAAGGAGAAGGGUGUGCUUGUAGGAGAGAGAGAGGACUCAAUUGCUCCAAAGUACAGAUUUAACAAGGCAGAGCUUGAAAAGCUGCCCGCUCCUAAACCCGAGCCCACCAUAGGUACUGGUGAGGCUCUGGACUUUUUGUCUGAAGGCUUCAUGACCUCUUCAUCAGCUCCUGCUGUCCAGGCUCCUGUCGUCACCCCCUCAGCUCCUCCUGCACAGACUAAAGUAGAGGAUUUGUCAGCUCUGGAUACACUUUCUGCAGAUUUUGUGGCUCCGGCUAAAGCUUCUGGAGUUCAUACACCUGCCCCUCCCACUACCAAGAAGACAUCACAGAAAACAGUUUGUCCUCUGGAGCAGCCUAACACAGUUGAUGUCCUCCCUGGACAACCCCGACAGUCACAAGCAAAGACUGAUGAGGUUGACCCUAUGUCUUUGGAUGUUCUCAGCGCCCUUAGUGACACGUUGCCAGAAGACAAACCAAAACCUGCACUCCCUGAACUCAGACCUGAGGACAUCGUCUCGGAGGACAAACACGAUAAGGAGAAGGGUGUGCUUGUAGGAGAGAGAGAGGACUCAAUUGCUCCAAAGUACAGAUUUAACAAGGCAGAGCUUGAAAAGCUGCCCGCUCCUAAACCUGAGCCCACCAUAGGUACUGGUGAGGCUCUGGACUUUUUGUCUGAAGGCUUCAUGACCUCUUCAUCAGCUCCUGCUGUCCAGGCUCCUGUCGUCACCCCCUCAGCUCCUCCUGCACAGCCCUCUGCAGACUUCGCUCUGGACGCCUUGGCGGGAGACUUUGUGUCCUCCACUGCUGCUCCAACAGUGAAGUCUGCUGCGUGUGUUCCCGCAGAACCUACCCCAGAGCUGGCCGCAGGUGCUGACAAUGCCCUGGAUGUUCUGUCAGACACCUUGAUGGACAUCACGCCGGCCCCUCAGCCCGCCCCUGUUCCUACCAAAGACAUUGUCAAGGAGAAAAAGGUUGUUGAGGAGAAGCUGAUUAAGAUGGGAGAGAGAGACGACACGUUGCCACCAGAGUAUCGACUCACUGAGGAAGAUCUGAAGAAAAUGGCAGAAGCAAAAGCAGAAGCAGCUGCAAAACCCAAGGAGACUAUGGAUGAUAAAACAGCCCUGGACCUGCUGUCCGGAGACUUCAUGUCUGCGUCUGAACCGGCUGCACCGGUCGCACCAUCUGCUGCCACAACAAAGCUGGAACCUCCUGUGCUGGACUCAGAGCCCCUGAAGCCAAUGGCUGGUCCUGUCCUGGACUCCCUAUCUAGCACCCUGCUUCCAGACGCCCCAGAGUUCAAACCUAAGACAGACAAACCAAAGGGCAAGAGCAAGUCAAAGUCAAAGUCUAAAAAACACCACGCGGAGGAGCCAGCUGCCACCGAGCAGCUACCAGCUCAGCCUAGCUCAGACGUUGUGCCAAAAUCUGCAAAGAAGGGAGGCAGGACCUAGAGGUUCUCUGCGCAAUUUGUCCUCCUGGCCACAGGGACGCAUCAGUGAGGGAUAUUUUUCUAAAUGAUCGAGAAUGUAUACUGGAUGAAAGACAAACCUGAGACACACCCAUAACACUUGCUGAACGCGCACACACGUACACACUGCAAAAAAGCCAACUUGUAUUUUUUGGCCUAAAACAGUGAUUUAAGUUGGUAAAACUUGGAAAUAUAAAUUAUUGACGUUUAGGGUAUUAAUUUAAGUUAGCACAACAAAGGAAGCCAGUUGUCUGCUCAAAAACAAGUUGGUGAGUUGUUGUUACUUAUAUCUUUAAGUUGGGGUUCACAACAAGGGACAAUAGUUCUGCUAGCUCUUAUUUCUUUGUUGUGAAAUUUGGUCAUUAGCGAAAGCUAGCAGCUAACUGAUGCUAGCGGCUAACUGAUGCUAGCGGCUAACUGAUGCUAGCGGCUAACUGAUGCUAGCAGCGCUGCUUGUUACAGCUACAAGAGUAGCCAUUAGCGUAUCAAUGCUAACUCAAAAUUGUGGUCGCAACAUUAGCUGACAUUUCAUAGCGGCGUUACAAUCGUGCCAGAGAAAUUCAGAGUUGAGCAAACUCAAAAACAAAACUUAAAAUAUUUAGUUUAAUUGUCCAACUUAAAAUUUUAUCGAAGUUUGUUGCCUUGAAAUUUUGAGUUCACCCAACUUUUCUUUUUUUGCAGUGCAUAAAUACACACAGACACACACACACACACACACAUAUCUCUGCAUGCAGCGCCUUUUUUGUUUCGUUUCACAUGAAUUUAAGGAUGAGAAGGUUUUGGUUAAAGUCUUUAGAGAAAAUGAAAAUACUUUUUUUUAAACAAGAUGGAGAAUGCAAGGAUGCAUUGUGAGAGUGAAGAUCUUUAGUUUUGUAAGUUGGUGUGUUGAGCGUGCUGAGGGGAGGAAGGCGUUGCCUGUCAGAGUCCUGCACGUACGUCUCAGCUGACAGUUUCCCCAGUGACACACUAAUAUCACAACAAUCUGAUUAUGUUAGCAUGUUGUGAUGUUGGUGACAGCAGUGGUGAGCGUACGGAGCGGGUGUAUAUUAUCGGGAUGUUUGUGCAAUCUUGAUGUACACAGAAAAAGCCAAGUUUUCUAUCAUGAUGUGGUCAGAUGCCUUUGAGACACUAGUGUACAGCUUAGUUUGCUUCUAUUUUGGACAAAACAUAGUUUACAUAAUUAGAUAUGUGGAGGAUUUCCAGGAGGUGUUCUGCUUAUUUCAGUAUCCGAGAGCUUUUUGCAAAUGCCUUUUACUACCUGUAGAAAAAAAAGGGUCUUUUGUAUGUAUUUGGCCUUGUAGAAAAAAAUGCUGGUGUCCAGAAGUGCACUUAGUGAACCGAGGUGGUUGCAAGCUUUGUCAGCUGCCCCUGUUUGUAUACUGUAAAGAAAAAAAAAAAAGAUUUUUGCUCUAUAUAAGCCAACACUGUAUAAUUUACAAAGGGCUUUCAACUGUAAAGUCAAAAAUCAAUAUACUGUCCCCAAAUUUUGUUUUCCAUGUGAGAGGUUUUGUGUGGGUGUGAGUCAAAAAAUAUGAGAGGUAUUUUAGAUGUGGGAAUACUAAUUAAAUAAAAAUAAAAAUUUGAAUGGUGUUUUGCUCUAUGUAGAGUCUGGUUUCUACGAUUUGUGCCUAAAAUGAGAAACAAAAACUAACAAGAACUGCCUUGAUAUGUAGACAAACACAGCAGGAAAUGAAUAAACACUGUUUUCUUAAAGGUG